CAAAAUCCGUUGAUGAUUAUCUUUCAAUUAUUAUUCUUGAUAAGGCAGAUCUUAUUUUUACAUAUGGAUAUGAAAAGAAUCUCAAAGAUCUCAAAACUCACAUUCCUAAAAGAUGUCAAUGCCUUCUCAUGGCUGCUACCUCAAGCUUGAAGAAGCUUUAUCUACACAAUCCCUAUAUUCUUACUUUAGCAGAAGUUGGUGAUGGAAAGGACGAAAUUGUCCCCAAAAAUGUUCAGCAAUUUUGGUUUGGUAUAAAAUCUGCUGUGUUAAAUGCUGAAUUGCCUGUGAAUUGACGUCUACAUAUUCUUGAGGGUUUUGGUUCUUAAAUGAAUAAAGAAAACAAAUUUCCUGGGCGGGAAAGAAGCAGACAUACUUGCUGGUAAGAUGAGUAUGGUACAGUUGCAAGGGCGGGACCAGUUGCUGACAGCACAAAAUGAAAUGCUCAAGGUACUCUACUCUACUGCUUCAUCAUAUAUGUCUGCAAGUUUGGUUGGCAGUUUCCCUUAUUACAGAUGCGUUGGCUGCAUCUGGUCAGGCGUUGAUUGCUAGUUCGGUUUCAAAAGGGAAUUAUAGAUCUGUGAAGGAUAUCACAUACUUCGUGUUGACUAUUGGUUUUGUGAUGGGUGUUACUUUGGCUGCAAUAUUGGGAGUUUCAUUUGGUUCCAUAGUCACACUGUUCACUAAGGACAUUGGAGUAUUGGCGAUUGCUAGAACCGGGGUUUUGUUUGUGAGUGCUAGUCAGCCUUUGAAUGCUUUUGCUUUUAUUGUUGAUGGUUUGCAUUAUGGAGUUUCAGACUUCCCGUAUGCUGCUUAUUCCAUGGUAUGCUUUUUUUUAGACAUGAAUAUAAAAUUACAUAUUUGCCCUUGGAUUAAUAUGUUUUCACUGUAGAUGCUUGUUGGGAUUUUAUCGUCUGUAAUUGCAACUUGUUAUGAGAUGGUAUUACCACAUUUUUCAUACUAAUACUAAUUACUAAGGCAGAUUUCAUUUGAAGUGUCUCUUGGAUUAAUAAUAGCACAAUGUUUAUCAGGCCAAAACCAUUGCAUUUUGCAAUAGUUGAUGAACUUGAUUAUGUCCUAAUUGAUGAGGGAAGAAACCCAUUGCUGAUAAGGGGUGAGGUAUGUCUUCUUACUUUGAGUGCUGUACGGAUAAAUGAUGUUUAAAAAAUAUUUGGGAAAGUAAACAAAAGGAACUAGUUACUUAACAACUUUGAUAUUUUGAUAUGCAUCUCAUUCUCAGGCUAGCAAGGAUGCUGCACGUAACACAGUUGCUGCUAAAGUAGCUGAGCUUCUCAUGCGUGGCCUCGUAUUUUACUUUUUUGCCCUUCUUUUUCCUUUU